AUGGUACAAUCAAGGAAGUUCAGAGGAGUCAGGCAGCGCCAGUGGGGCUCCUGGGUGUCAGAGAUUCGCCACCCAUUACUUAAGAGGAGGGUGUGGCUAGGCACAUUUGAGACAGCUGAGGCAGCAGCAAGAGCAUAUGACCAAGCAUCCAUAUUGAUGAAUGGUCAGAAUGCCAAGACCAAUUUUCCCAAUAACAACCCCCCAUCUGAUGAUCAAGAAACAAAAGCUGCUGAUCAUCUUCCUCACGGUCAUCAGCUUCCAUGGGACCCCAAAGAACUUGCAGAGCUGCUCAGUUCCAAGCUCAAGAAGUGUUGCAAAGACCCAUCUCCUUCCCUCACUUGUCUGAGGCUCGACAACGACAAUUCUCACAUUGGAGUUUGGCAGAAGAGACCCGCAGGAUCCCGUGCGAGCUCUAACUGGGUCAUGAGAAUUGAGCUGGGGAAGAAGAAGAAUCAAUCAUCAGCUGGAUCAAAUACUAACGAGGCUGGAAUUGCAAUUGAAGAAGCUGAUGAGGAUCAUGGUGAAGAGGAUGAGCUUGCAAUGCAGAUGAUAGAGGAAUUACUCAACUGGAAUAGUUAUCCAAUUCCUUCACCUACAAGUAAUGUUCAAGAAGGGAAUUAA